AUGGCCGAGUUGGAAUACAACAGCGAACGAAUUCGCAACUUUUCCAUCAUUGCUCACAUUGAUCAUGGAAAGUCGACGCUGGCUGAUCGAUUACUGGAAUCUACACAGACUGUCGCUCUGAGAGAUAUGGAGGAACAACUCUUGGACAACAUGGAUAUUGAACGCGAACGAGGCAUUACCAUCAAGUUGCAAGCAGCCCGUGUGUUGUACAAAUCCAAAAAAGACGGAGAAAUUUACGUAUUGAAUCUAAUUGAUACUCCUGGGCACGUGGAUUUCACCUACGAAGUUUCCAGAAGUUUGGCAGCCUGUGAAGGAGCCCUGUUGGUGGUGGAUGCCUCGCAAGGAAUUGAAGCACAGACGCUUGCCAAUGUCUACCUGGCUUUGGAGAAUGAUUUGGAGAUCAUUCCUGUCUUGAACAAGAUUGACUUGCCUGCUGCCGAUCCUGAUCGUGUGGCCGAAGAAAUUGAGGAGACCAUUGGAUUGGAUUGUACCGAUAUUGUCCAUGCGUCCGCCAAGGCAGGCAUUGGAAUUGAUGAUAUUUUAGAAAGCAUUGUCCAAAAGGUCCCACCACCUCAAGCUAAUGUUGACAAGCCCUUUCGGGCACUUAUCUUUGAUUCCUACUAUGAUUCGUACCGUGGUGUUAUUGUGUUUUUCCGCGUGGUCGAUGGACAAGUGAAGAAGGGAGACAAGUUGCGAUUCAUGGCAUCGGCAGCGGAACAUGAAGUGACCGAAUUGGGAGUCAUGACACCCAAACAAGUUCAAGUGGAGAACUUGAGAGCAGGAGAAGUUGGAUACAUUUGUGGUUCCAUCAAGGAUGUCUUGGAUGCACGUGUCGGAGAUACCAUGGUCUUGUCGAAGCAGUUCAAAGAAGCAAAAGCAGCCGAUGCCCCGAUGAAAGCCCUUCCUGGUUAUGCCGAUAGCGUUCCAAUGGUCUACUGUGGUUUGUUCCCCGUCGAUGCCGAUGAUUAUGAGAGUUUGAGAGAUUCCUUGGGUAAGCUUCGAUUGAAUGAUGCCUCCUUGUCAUACGAACCGGAGACAUCGGGAGCCAUGGGAUUUGGGUUCCGAUGCGGUUUCUUAGGAUUGUUGCACAUGGAAAUUAUCAACGAGAGACUAUCUCGGGAAUACAAUCUUGACUUAAUCAUGACUGCCCCCAGUGUGGUAUACAAGGUUAUACACAAUGGAGUUGAGAAGACCAUCGAGGCCCCCAGCAAGAUGCCCGACGUCACUCGUGAUCACGAAACUCUGGAGCCAUACGUCAAAAUGGAAAUUUUGACACCCUCCGAAUACAACGGUGCCAUCAUCGAGUUGGGUCAAGAGCGCCGUGGAAUUCUGAUAGACAUCAAGUACUUGACACCCACUCGAUCCACCAUCGUUUACGAACUGCCAUUGGGAGAAGUUAUCACAGACUUUUUCGAUCAAUUGAAGUCAAGAACCAAGGGGUACGCCAGUAUGGAAUAUAAAAUCUUGGAAUACAGAGCCAGCGACUUGGUCCGACUGGAUGUCAAAAUCAACUACGAGCUGGCCACAGCUCUGGCUACCGUUGUCCACCGUGACAAUGCCCAAUCUAUGGGACGCAGACUUUGCGCUUCUCUUAAGGAGUUGAUCCCAAGGCAAAUGUUCAAGAUUCCCAUCCAAGCCUGUAUUGGUGUCAAGGUCGUAGCUUCGGAACACAUUUCACCGAUGCGAAAGGAUGUGUUGGCCAAGUGUUAUGGAGGUGACAUUUCGCGGAAAAAGAAACUGCUGAAUAAACAAGCAAAGGGAAAGAAGAAGAUGAAGUCCAUUGGAAAGGUGACGGUUCCACAAGAAGCUUUCAUGGCAGUUUUGAAGCUAGACAAGUAA